UUGCGUCGCGCAGUCCGAUUCCCGACCAAGACGUCCCCUUCCUAUCCGCAACACAUCGCGCCAGGAUUAUAACCACCCCAUCAUAAUCACGAACCAUCGCAGCCUACCAUGUCGUACUUCUUUGCAACGCCGGUCGAUAUCGACAUCGUCCUCGACGAUGCCGACGAGCGAUCCAUGGUGGAUGUCAAGCUAGACAAGAACCGGCGCGAGAAGGCUCCGCUGUAUAUGGACGGCGAGUCGGUCAAGGGCGCCGUGACGGUGCGACCCAAGGACGGCAAGAGGCUGGAGCAUACGGGCAUCAAGGUCCAGUUCAUCGGCACAAUAGAGAUGUUUUUCGACCGCGGGAACCACUACGAGUUCCUGUCGCUGGUACAGGAGCUCGCGGCCCCGGGCGAGCUGCAGCACCCCCAGACCUUCGACUUCAACUUCAAGAACGUCGAGAAGCAAUACGAGUCGUACAACGGCAUCAACGUCAAGCUGCGCUACUUUGUGCGCGUUACCGUCUCGCGCCGCAUGGCCGACGUCAUUCGCGAGAAAGACAUCUGGGUUUACAGCUACCGUAUCCCGCCCGAGAUGAACAGCAGCAUCAAGAUGGACGUCGGCAUCGAGGACUGUCUGCACAUCGAGUUCGAGUAUAGCAAGAGCAAGUACCACCUGAAGGAUGUCAUCGUGGGCCGCAUCUACUUUUUGCUUGUACGGCUCAAGAUCAAGCACAUGGAGCUCAGCAUCAUUCGCCGCGAAACAACGGGUGUUGCGCCGAACCAGUACAAUGAGAGCGAGACCUUGGUGCGGUUUGAGAUCAUGGAUGGCUCGCCAUCAAGAGGCGAAACCAUCCCCAUCCGACUGUUCCUAGGCGGGUUCGAUCUGACACCCACCUUCCGUGACGUCAACAAGAAGUUUUCCACAAGAUACUACCUCAGUCUGGUCCUCAUAGAUGAAGAUGCCCGGCGGUACUUCAAACAGUCAGAGAUCAUCCUCUACCGACAAGCUCCCGAAAUUGCGGCUGCUGCGGCCGCUGCUCCUCCCGGUCAAAACGCUCUACCAGCGCCGCCUCCCAACGAUAACCGGCUUGCUGGGAUACCUGCUGCUUAAAUGAUCUCGAUGAACCUCCUCCAGGUGGAGCGAGCGAGCGAAAAGCAAGCUGAAUGAAUGACCAGAGUGUGGCUGAGAUGUAAGGCCAAUGAUGAUAUAAUAAUGAUUUUUUGGGGAGGAUGGUAUGACGGGAGGAUGAACGGACCGAACAGACAAGAAAUGUUGAAUUGGUAAAAAG